ACCAAUUUUGUUAUUCAAAAUUGUACACAGUUGAUUAAAAAGCCUGAAUGGAGAUUAAAAAUUAAUUACAGUUAAAUAAUAAUCAGACAAAAACAAGUUUGGCAAGCAAUCCAGCUUUAGUAAAAAGAAAUUCAAGCGUCUCCUCUCCCAAAAACAAAAGAAGAAUUUGAAGCGAGAGGAAGUGGUGCAUCCCUACCCCACCACCCCAAUCCAUGAAAAAGAUUUAUGUGAGAUUGAAAAAGCUGUCAUAAAGUCCUUCCCUUUUUUUGGCCAGCAAACUACAGGCAUUGCAUUUCUGUCUACCUGCUUCCUUCAAGGUGACUUCUGUUGCUUCAAUUUCACUUUUGGCCCUCCCUGCUCUGAUUUUAUUCAAAUUCUUGAUUAUGGGUUUGCAUCAAUUUUGAGUCUUUUUUGGACUUGAAGAAGAAUUGUCCAUCUUUUUUAGCUGUGGAAUUCGGAAAUGAGUGCAACGAGAUUCAUUAAGUGUGUGACUGUGGGUGAUGGAGCUGUUGGAAAAACUUGCAUGUUGAUUUCUUACACCAGCAACACAUUUCCUACGGAUUAUGUCCCGACUGUUUUUGAUAACUUCAGUGCUAAUGUAGUUGUGGAUGGUAAUACUGUAAACCUGGGACUCUGGGAUACUGCAGGUCAGGAGGAUUAUAACAGAUUAAGACCCUUGAGUUAUCGUGGAGCUGAUGUUUUCCUUCUAGCCUUCUCUCUCAUUAGCAAGGCCAGCUACGAAAAUAUUGCAAAGAAGUGGAUUCCAGAGUUGAGGCAUUACGCACCAGGUGUUCCAAUUAUUCUCGUUGGAACGAAGCUUGAUCUUAGAGAUGAUAAGCAGUUCUUCAUUGAUCAUCCUGGAGCAGUUCCAAUAACUACAGCUCAGGGGGAGGAACUCAAGAAACUUAUUGGAGCUCCUGCAUACAUUGAGUGCAGUUCAAAAACACAACAGAAUGUGAAGGGUGUGUUUGAUGCAGCCAUUAAGAUAGUAUUGCAGCCACCAAAGCAGAAGAAGAAAAGGAAGGGGCACAGAGGCUGCUCCAUUUUGUAACUAACCCUUCUAAUUAUCAACUAAAGUGCCAACAUCCCUUCCUUAAAACUGCCUAACCAAUGCUUGUGGAGAAACAACUGCAUUUUCAUUCUAUGUCCUUUCUUCUCAUUCUAACUCUAUGCUCAUUUCACAUUUUAAUCUGGCGUUGGUGCUUCUUUAAUUUAUUUUACCAAAGUUUCAGCA